AUGCCUUCCAACCCACUCGCGAACUGGGAAAAAGUUGGUGAUGGCUUUUAUCGCAAGAUCGCUGUUUAUGACGCCAUUUUUGAGGAUGAUGUCGAGUUAGAGAACUACAUUGUCGCGGGCGCCCCCUACGGAGGAGCUAUUGCGCUCUAUCGCGACGAAAGCAAGCCGUUCAGACUUCGCGAUGGACCGGGCUCCCGAUCAUCGAUUGAUGUUUAUUCAUGCUCUGGACAGCGAAUCAAUCGUAUAAACUGGGAGCAAGCCACUAUUCGAGGACUGGGUUGGUCUGAGAAAGAAGAGCUUCUGGUCGUCUCCGAGGACGGAACGGUGCGACGCUAUUUCGGAUUGGACGGCGAAUUUACGUCCUUUUCUCUCGGCAAUGGUGCCGAAGAGUAUGGCGUAAGAGCCUGCCAGUUCUGGUCAUCAGGCCUCGUUGCAUUGUUGUCCAACAACCAAUUGAUUGCAGUAUCAAGAUAUGAUGAACCACGUCCGCGGCUCCUAGCACCUUGCCCUGAAGGCGAGGUAUCAUCAUGGGCUUUGAUCCCACCCGCUCAUACCCUCUCACGCUCUGUUGAGGUUCUGCUGGCUGUUGACAGGACAAUCUAUCUAAUCGACUCCACAGAAGCAGAAGACAAGAUCCUGCAAGACGGCCCAUUCAAGCACAUUAGCGUAUCCCCAACAGGGCGUUUUGUUGCCCUUUUCACUGCCGAAGGAAAGUUGUGGGUAGUUAGCAAUGACUUCCAAAACAAAUUCAGCGAAUAUGAUUCGAAGUCUCGGGUUCCACCAAAUACCGUCAAUUGGUGUGGUGAUGAUGCUGUCAUCCUCGGAUGGGAAGAUGAGAUCCACCUUGUUGGACCCAACGGUGCCGCCUCAAAGUACUAUUAUGAUGGCCGCGUUCAUGUCAUACCAGAGUUUGAUGGAGUCCGUCUUAUAACCAAUGACACUUGUGAAUUCGUGCACAAGGUUUCCACUGUGACCGAAGAGAUAUUCCGUCUUGGAUCGUCCUCGCCGGCAUCCGUGCUCCUAGAUUCGGUGGACCAAUUGGAGAAGAAAUCGCCCAAGGCUGAUGAGAACAUCCAACGAAUUCGAUCGAGUUUACCUUCAGCAGUCGACACAUGCAUCAAAGCAGCAGGCCAUGAAUUUGACGCUUAUUGGCAGAAGCGCCUGCUGAAGGCUGCAUCGUUUGGCAAGUCUGUCCUUGAACUCUACAACAGUGAUGAGUUCGUAGAGAUGACUGAAAAGCUACGCGUUCUCAAAGCAUUGAGAGAUUAUAAGGUCGGCUUGCCAUUAUCGUACGAACAAUAUCUGCGCCUCACACCAGAAGGGCUCAUUGAACGCUUGAUUAGCAGACACGAAUAUCUACUUGCAAUAAGAAUCUCGGAAUACCUCCAGAUUCCUGCAGACAGAAUUUAUGUUCACUGGGCAAGCCAAAAGGUGAAAGUUUCGACUGUCGAUGACGAAGCAGUAUGUAAACUCAUUGUUCAAAGACUUGAUGGGAAGCCGGGAAUCUCUUUUGAGGUUAUCGCCCAAGCUGCCUAUGACGAAGGUCGAUCCCAUCUGGCUACACAAUUACUCAACCAUGAACCACGAGGUGGCAAGCAAGUUCCUCUGCUUUUGAAGAUGGAAGAAGACGAGCUUGCCCUUGAUAAGGCAAUAGAGAGUGGCGAUGACGACUUGGUGAACUACGUGUUACUACAUCUCAAGAGCAAGCUUCCUCUUGCGAGCUUUUUCCGAAUGAUCAACACUCGUCCCAUGGCUUCAGCACUUGUGGAGACUGCUGCACGAAGUGAUGACAUCGAGUUAUUGAAAGAUCUGUUCUAUCAAGAUGAUCGACCGAUUGAUGGCGCUAAUGUGCUCCUAUCUGAGGCAUUAAGGGACACUGACUUGACUCGCCAGACCGAAAAACUCCACUUGGCAUCUCGUCUCUUGUCAGAUUCCAAGGAGCCGACAGUGGUAUUAAACCAGAAAUUAGUCUCUGAGGCCUCCCAGCUUUUGAAGGCGCAAGACGCAUUGGACAAAGACCUGGCAGAUCACAGCGAGUUUGUUGGUCUUAGUGUCAAUGAGACAGUCUACAGACUUAUCCGGGGUGGUUACGGUAAAAGAGCACACAAGAUCCAAAGUGAAUUCAAAAUGCCAGAGAAAACAUUUUGGUGGUUGAGAUUGAGAGCCUUGGUGGCUAAACGAGACUGGGGCGAAUUAGAGGAAAUCGCUAAGGUCAAGAAAUCCCCAAUCGGGUGGGAGCCUUUCUACAACGAGAUUUUGGGUGCUGGAAACACAAAACUUGCUUCCGGAUUUGUGCCAAAGUGUACACACUUGUCCCCUGCCGAGAGAAUCGAGAUGUGGGUGAAGUGCGGAAUGAUCGUGAAGGCUGGAGAAGAGGCAAUAAAGGCGAAGGACCUCAACACGCUAGAAAUCCUCCGCACCAAAGCAUCUGGCCCCGCAGCCACCGAGAUCGAACGCAUGAUCAACCAACUUAGGCCAAGGAAAUGA